AUAUGAUGGGCGUGGUCACCUGCAUGACCUCUCCGAGUACGACGCCGAGCACUCCACGUGGAACCGCGACCACCAGCUGUCUGAAGAGGAAGCGCGAGUAGAGGCCCUGUGUGAUGAGGAGAGGUAUUUAGCCUUGCAUACGGACUUGCUUGAGGAGGAGGCGAGGCAAGAGGAAGAGUACAAGCGAUUGAGCGAGGCCUUAGCGGAGGAUGGGAGCUACAGUGCAGUGGGGUUCACUUACGGGAGUGACUACUAUGACCCGUCAGAGCCGACGGAGGAGGAGGAGCCGUCAAAGCAGAGAGAGAAAAGUGAGGCUGAGAAUUUAGAGGAAAAUGAAGAGCCCUUCAUCGCUCCGUUGGGCUUGAAUGUCCCACCUGACGUGGAGCUGCCACCCACAGCCAAGAUGCACGCCAUCAUUGAGCGCACGGCCAACUUCGUGUGCAAGCAGGGGGCGCAGUUUGAGAUCAUGCUGAAAGCCAAGCAGGCCCGGAACUCGCAGUUUGACUUCCUGCGCUUUGAUCACUACCUCAACCCCUACUACAAAUUCAUCCAGAAGGCUAUGAAGGAGGGACGCUACACCGCACUGGCAGAGAACAAGAGUGAGGAGAAGAAGAAGCCAGGGGUCAGCUCUGACAAUGACGAGGAUGAUGACGAUGACGGCCACUACCUGCACCCGUCUCUCUUCGCCUCGAGGAAGUGCGACCGCCUGGAGGAGCUCGUGAAGCCCUUGAAGGUGGUGGACCCGGAUCACCCACUUGCAGCACUGGUCCGCAAGGCGCAGGCUGACAGCUCUGCCCCCUCCUCGCAUGGCACAGACAGCACACCCGUGCAGCCCUCCCAGGGGGAGGACGCGGCUGACCCGACCGUAGCGGCCAUGUAUUACAGCUACUACGUGCUACCUGACGGCACCUACUGUCUGGCCCCGCCCCCUCCGGGCAUCGACGUGGCCACUUACUACAGCACCCUUCCUGCUGGCGUGACCGUGUCCAGCACCCCUGGAGUCGUGACGACCACUGCCCCACCACCGCCCGGGACCACGCCCCCGCCUCCCCCAAGCUGCCCUUGCUCCCCUGGCCGCCAUCAUCCCCCCGCCCCCCGACAUCCAGCCAGUGAUCGACAAGCUGGCGGAAUAUGUGGCUAGGAACGGCCUGAAAUUCGAGACCAGUGUCCGUGCCAAGAACGAUCAGAGGUUCGAGUUCCUGCAGCCGUGGCACCAGUACAAUGCCUACUACGAGUUCAAGAAGCAGUUCUUCGUCCAGAAGGAGGGAGGCACCAGCACACAGACGGCGUCAGCUCCGGAAGAGGCUCCGGCAGAGUCUGCCCCUGAGAAGCUGGAGGCCCUCGGAGAGGACAGCGCGCCUGCGGACAUCGCUGAGGCGGGAGGACGAGGCACCCCUGGAGGCAGGAAGGAGGCGUCGUCCAGUAAGACCCUCCCGGACGGGAAGCUCGUGAAAGCUUCAUUCGCUCCAAUAAGCUUUGCGAUCAAGGCCAAAGAAAACGAUUUACUUCCUCUGGAAAAAAACCGAGUCAAGCUCGACGACGACAGUGACGACGACAGGGAGGGCGGGGAAGGCCAGGAGAGCUGCAGCAGUGCCGCGGCCCCCGACCCAGCCGUCGCUGCGCCCUGUGUUGCCGUGGAAGAGAAGAGGCCUCAGCUCACCCAGGAAGAGCUCGAAGCAAAGCAAGCAAAGCAGAAGCUGGAGGACCGCCUAGCCGCUGCUGCCCGGGAGAAGCUUGCCCAGGCGUCUAAGGAGUCCAAGGAAAAGCAGCUGCAAGCAGAGCGCAAGAGGAAGGCCGCUCUGUUCCUGCAGACCCUGAGGAACCCCCUGCCAGAAGCAGAUGCUGGGAAACCUGAGGAGAGUCCCCCGAGUGCUGAGGAAACCGGUGCUGCACCCUGUCCUCUGCUGGCUGGGGGCCGGCCUCCACCCGCCCCAGAAGUUAAACUACCCGAAAGGCCUUCAAGCAGAAGCAGAGACCCGCCGAGAGAAGAGGAGAGAGAAAAGAAAAAGAAAAAGCACAAGAAGAGGUCUCGAACGAGGUCGCGCUCGCCCAGGCACCACUCGUCCUCCAAGUCCCGGUCACGGCUGCACUCGAGGGCUGAGCGCGCACUCCCCAGUGCCUACCGGACGGCGCGGCGGUCCAGGUCCCGCUCCCGGUCCCCUCGGAGGAGAGCUCACUCCCCGGAACGACGGCGGGAAGAAAGGAGCGUCCCCACCGCCUACCGGAUGAGCAGCAGCCCUGGGGCCAGCCGGAGACGGACACGCUCCAGGAGUCCCCACGAGAAGAAGAAGAAGCGGCGGUCUCGGUCGCGGACCAAGUCCAAGGCCAAGUCCCCAGCGGCAUCCCCGAGUCGGCAGGCGGCACCCCGGCCUGCGGCACACUCGGCACACUCUGCCAGCAUCUCCCCCGCCGAGAGUCGGGGCUCCAGCCAGGAGCGCUCCAGGGGAGUCUCUCAGGACAAGGACGGGCAGAUCUCUUCGGCUAUCGUCUCUUCUGUGCAGAGCAAGAUAACUCAGGAUCUCAUGGCCAAAGUCAGAGCAAUGCUCGCAGCUUCCAAAAACCUGCAGACCAGCGCCUCCUGAGACUGGCCGCCGCCCAGACGCUGUCUCCACGGCCACGUGGCGGCCACGCCUGUGUCUGGCGGAGCCGGCACGUGGGGCUGGCUUUGGGCAGACUGUCGCCGGGCACGUCAGGACUUGCCGGGACCCCAGGACAGUCGGCUUCUGUAAAUAACUUUUGAUGACAUUUUCAGUCCCAAUUUCUGACCAGCACUCUGUACAUUUGUAAAUAGAUCAUGUCUGUGAACGCGUUACGAAUAAACGGGAGGAGCCCUUUUUAGCCAGCA